AUGUGGCUCUACCGGGGUGCGCAGUCGGCAGUAUUCUACUAUGCCACCUGCACUCCCUGUGCGAUGAGCAUUGAUCGCCGGAAACGCAAAAAGGAUGCCGUGCGAACCCAGCGAUUGAACGCCAAAGCCGAUCCCGACCUCGUCACCGACCAACCUCGGCCGUUCCCGCAACCCACCCCAUUCAGUACCAACGAAGGAUGGCAGGAGGAAAUCGUCCUGGGACCCGGCCCGCCCGCUCGUCGACAUCGUAACCAUCCUCGGACAAAUAGUUGGAACACAGAUCAAAGCUCGCUGGUGAAGAAGGACAAGAGUGGCGGCCUGAUGCAGCCCCUCAAUGACAAGUGGAAGUCGAUGCGCUACCAGCGGGAGGAUGAGCCGCUUUGGGGCCAGGAAGUCCUCGGCUCAUCCAUUGGCUUCUCCGGCCGAGGUCGGGCAGACCCCGAUGAACCGUCCAAGUACUACGCUGCCUAUGUCCCCCCGUCAAUGAUCUUCAUCCGCCCAUUCGCCAAAGUCAUGGCUGGAAAAGAGCGGUUCGACGACAUGUCCCCUCGCGAUAGUGUGGGUGGGUUUGCCGCAGACUGGCCGUCUCGCACAUACCGAAGCGUCGCGUAUCACAACGAGAUCAACACCGAAAGCCCCAGUCACGAGAUUGGGGACGGGGUCUCCGAUGUGAGAGAGGUUCAACAGCAACUACCUCGCCAAUCCUCUGUGUCUCGGGUUCGCAGAAGCACGGAAAGCACCCCUCAUGAUGAUUUCGACAUUCCGCGGAAUUCUCGAUCCGACUCGAUGUUCUCUAUUGCCGACAGUGACCAGUCAUUCAGCGCUUCUUGGAGAUAUCCCGAUACUCCUGCCACCCGACCAGCCUCAAAGUCCACCGACGAAAGCGAGAAAGUAUACGCUCGGCCGCAAAUUUCCAAAACCCUCUCGACUCUGGGACGGGGCGACAAGCACAAGGUACAUCUUCUACAACUGGAGAUAAACGAUGAUCCGCACGAUGAAGUCGCCCUUGGUCAAUUGGAACGUAUCCGGCCUUGGCGGUGGAGCAUGGAUAUCUAA